GUGGGUUGUUUUCGUAUCUCCUCCAUUGCUAUGGUGACUGACGCAUAACGCAGUGUGGAAUGAAUUAGUUUAUGUAUUAAAAUUAGAAAUGGCUCCAUAAACAUUUUUUCAUCCUUCAGUGCUGAUCAAAAUUACUUACUCUGAACCAGAUUUUGAAUAGUUGCCAUCCAUUUAUUUGAAAAAGAGCUUCUGUUGUAGAAUUCGAUGCCUGGAAUUCUUCAUCUGCACAUAAGUCAAUUUAAUCCUGUAUUAUGCAAGAUGUGGACUUACCAGCAGCUUAGUUGCUAUGGCUCAAGAAUUUUUACCACUUUGUGAUGUUUUGUUUAACAUCAUUUCACUUGCAUCAUAUUUUUGUGAUAUAGUCUUUGAUGUUGUGACUAUUUACACAUUAUACAUUACUGGUCAAGUGGCUUGGUUUAUGCUGUCAUUAUCUAGCAUUAUGUUGUCUCUGAUCAUCAGUCAGUUAUUUUCAUUGAAAUGGUAUAUUCAUAGAAGCAAUAGUAAAGAUUUUAAAUUAUCAGUUGUUACAUUUAUCCAUGUAAUUCAAUUUGGAGUAUUAUGGAGAUAUUUUAAACUUUUUCUUCCUGUUGAUCUUAAUGUGGUUAAAAAUGAAGUACGAGAUCUUUGUAUGUUAAGAUUGAUUCAUGCAUUUUGUGAGGCAGCACCAAUGCUGCUUAUUCAGUUGUAUCUAAUUUGGCUUAAACCUUCUUCUCUAGAAGUAACAGAUUUAAAUUUAGUAUCAACAGUUUUAUCUUUGUUUAGUGUUUGUUGGGCUUUAGCAUCUUUUAGUAAAAAUGUUCGUCGACGUAAUAUACAUAAACUUGUAUUAACAUGGUUAGGUGUAAUUUUCCAGUUUUUUUGGCGUUUAGGAACUGUAUCAUCUCGUGUUGUUGUUCUCACUGUGUAUGCUACUUUGUAUCAUUACUGGGUAUUUUUAGUUAUAUCCUUACAUUGGCUUACAAUGUUUCUUUGGUUAAUAUCACCAAAGAAUGUCUUUCAUGGAGAAUCAAUCUCUGUAAAAAAGAAAACAAUUUAUUCAAUGUUGAUUGCUUUUGUAUAUAUAUUUUGUUAUAUUAAUCUACAAGAGAUCAAUAGUCGUCAAAAGAUGAUAGCAUUUUAUGUCACAAUGUUUUUAGAAAACUCUUUAUUGAUGGCUGUAUUUCUAUUUUUAAAAGGUCAAACAGUAUGGUUUCAUAAUAUAUCUAUCAUUGUUGCUUGGGGUGGGUUUUGUAUGGGGAUAGCAUUCAUGAUUUUGUAUUAUCGAUUUUUUCAUAUUCAACAUUUGAAGCACACUCUAGCAUCUCAGGCAGAUGUUGAAUCUCAUUGUGCUGAUUGUGUUGCUGAAACUUGUGAAACGCACAAUAUUAAAUUAAAUGCCUUGUCAGAGAAUGAAGGUGUAGUAAAUGGACAGAAACAUGUAACCACUACUCCUUUUUCAAAAUCUCAAAAUCCUGUGAUUUUUCAACCAUCCAGUGGGCAUUUUCAAAAUGGCAUGGUAUCAGGAAUUCCAGGCGUGUUCAAUUGCAGAUUAAAUCCAGCUUUUAAAAGGAAAAAGAAGAAACCCUCCAGCUUUGUACCUCCCCCAGCUCCAGUAUCAUCACUAAAUAAUGGUGGUAAAACACUUAAUCCUUUCUGGAAAAAAUUGCCUCCCAAAUCAUACAGUAGUGAUCAUGAAAGUAGUGUUGGAUCUCGUGUAAAUAUCCAGCAAAAACUCCAAGAGAAAAAGCAGCAACAGCUACAGGAGUUAAAGGAAAUCGAAGAGGAAAUAAAGCAGGGAAAACUUAAAAGACCUCAUCCAAUGGAAAUGAGUGAUCAAGAUACUCUUCACCAGCCCAUUCCUCAUUCCAAAAAGCAACCUUGGGUUAGACCAGAAUCUCCUGCUGCCCGUUUACCAUUAUACCAUUCUUUAAUCGGUCCGCAUAUUUUAAAUGGCAUGAGGCCGAAAACGAAACAGAGAUCCCAAACACCAGAAAUAUUAUUAGUCCCAGACACAUUGGAUAGUUCUAUGAUGUAUUGCGAUUAUCAAGACUCGCGCAAUUCAUACUUAGCCUCUCCUCCACAUGUUGUAUAUCCAAGGAACUCUGAUGUAUCCAGUAAUAGUAAUAUGUCUGCUGCAUCAAAAACUAAAAUUUAUCCACGUUCUCGGAAUCCUGGCACCGUUCGAGAGACCCCAUCUUGUAGAUGUCCCCCGCCAGAUGUAUCUGUUGGUGUUAUGUACAAAUCGCACAAUGUGCCUUCUGAUCUUGAUAGCCAAAUAUCUCUUCCACGUUCUUACACCUUACCGAGAGAGUUUCGAUAUUAUCGGAGACCGAAACCUCGGAAACCUGUUCGAACUGAGCAUUUUGUCCCUUCCAACAAUUCUAGUGAUGGUGAUGUUGAUUCUGCAGAUGACAAUGAAACAUAUGUGCCUUUUCCAAACCAUCGUGCAGGAGGUCAGAUUCGUUUGAGACCAUAUCAACCUUACAGAGCUUGUGUUGCUGUAUCUGGGCAAUUGCACGAAACUAAAUUGUGAAAGAAAUCAAAAUUUAUAAAUGUUGUACAAUUUUUGUAAAAAAGAGCUGUAUUAUUUUUUAUACCAGUAUUUAAUUUGUAUAUAUGUAAAAAGUUUUAUGAUUAAAUUUUUAGUUACUGUUGACA